GUUUGUCGCGGGCAACAUGAGUUUGUGUUAACUCAAGCACAAUGAAUACAGUCAGAGUAAUUACGGUUAGAUCAAAUCCAGCAUCAUGUCAGCAAGGCAGACCCCCAAGUCCAUUAAAAGCCACUGACACUGGUGAUCAUGCUACCUCCAGUCAAGAUUCUGAUAUAGAAUCUAAUGAAGAUGAAGAAUCGUGUAUAAAUGAAAAGAUUAGAGGAUUCGCAGAUUCCUCUGUUUCCAUUUAUGAACUAAUAGAUCAAACAAACUAUUUACAACAAUUUCCAAGCUGGCUUGGAUAUUGUGGUCCAGAAAAUAAAAAGAAAUAUUCACCAACUUUUAUUAAUCGAAAUGAUAAUAUAUGGGAACUCGUAUUUUCUGAACGUGGAUAUAUAGAUAUGCUGCUCAUUGUUAGAGAUUUGUAUAUGAAACCUUUCCCGAAAAUCGAUAUUAAUUCAGUCAAUGGUUUAUCUACAGAUAAUUUAUUAGGAAACACAGAUUUAUGUACAGCUUUAUUCCCGUGUAUUAAUGAGCUGGUUACAUCUCAUGAAAGAAUAUUUCGUGUUAUGGCCGGUUUACAUUUAGAUCGUGAAGAUCAUGUUAUACCCUCAUUGGGAUCUUAUUUGAUGCACUUAUUUGAUGCAGAUAGUCUUUCAACCUUAUCUAAGUUAUAUGGUCACUUUCUAUAUUCACAAAAACGUAUUCGUCAACGUUUGCUAGCCUGUAAAAAUCACCCACAAAUCGCAGCAUUUUUCCAGCAAGUGAAACAGAAUCCUCGUAGUUCACGUAAAUCUUUAGAAGAUUGUUAUAUGGUGAUUGUACAACGUUGGACCAAAGUAGAAACUUUACUUGAAUCAAUUAUUCGAAAUACAUUAAAUGAUGAUAAAGAGGUGACAAAUUUAGAAAUUUCUCGUAAUGCAGUUAGAUCAAUACUAAAAUCUGCUGAGGCCAUAUUAACAGAAUUUGAAUAUACUGGAAAGUUGAGAGAAUUCGCCAUGAAUUUAGAUGUGCCUAGUACAAGUAGCACAACAAUGACGUCACCAUCGGACGAACUGCAAUUGCUUAAUGAAUUGAAAGCACCCAAUGCAAAGUUACUUAACCAUGGACCACUAUAUGUUAAUCCAAUGGUUUUCGGCAGUGGACAACAGUCGAGUAGUACAUCAUACGAAGUAGAAGGUGUAGCAAUGAAAAGUUGCUUCUUUAUGCUACAAAAAAUACCGGACUCGAAUCGAUACCAAUUAUUUCGUGGAACAGAGAUGCCUCCUAUUCUUUGGUGGGGUCAAGUUUAUGGAUAUUUUCGAAAGUCAGGGGAGAAGGCCAGAUUCGGCUUCUACAUUCUUUUGCAUUCCGCUACCGCUUUAACAUUAUUCCGUUGUGCAACUGUAGAUGAGAUGACAAGAUGGGAAACUAUUUUCAAUGAUGGUUUCUCUCAGUGGCGAGAACACACGGAUACUUUUGAAAGUUUAUCUGAAGAAUUUUCUAAAGCUCGUGAUGAAAUUGCUGAAAAACAGAAACGAACAGAAGCUAUUCUUGAAUUACUACAUCAACUGAACGAUAAACGCCUUACAUUCUGGGGUGUAUGGGAAUUUAUUUCAUCGGUAUUAAUUAGUGAACGUUUAGCUGAAAUGAACUUGUUACCACCUAAAUCGGAAUCACAACAAUUGUCGUUUAUAUCAUCAACACAACAUAAUUCAAAUCGUGGAAGUAUUAGAGUAGACGUUACAUCACCUCCUACUACACCAAAUAAUACUACUCAACAACAACAACAACGACAACCAAUCCCUAUCAUGGAUAUUUUGAAAUUACAUACAUUUCUUUUAGAUCUUGAUACAUAUAAUGAUUUAGAUCAAUUAUUUGAUUUGUUUCAUGAAUAUGUUCACCGUUUGUCUUUCGCUCUUCUCAGUGGACCGUCUUCCAGUUUAUCCCGAAGUGCCUCAGAUGUUGAUGGUAGCAAACGACCUCAAAUAAAUUUACUUAAAAAGUAUGAAACAUUCAGUGCACAUGAUAAUUUCCCUGUGGCUAAUGAAUUACGAUCUUCAAUUGGUAUUAGUCGCUUCAAAUCUAAGAAGAGAGAUGUUCAUCGACUUAGUGCUACUAUGGCUAGCAUAUUUCGUACACCUAGUCGGGAUAAAAAUUUCUCUUUAAACAAUCAAUCAUCUACUGAUUCUGGUGCAAAUGGGUCUGGUGGAACACGUAAACCUAGCAAACAAUGCCAAUCUUUGUCCUCUGUAUCACGUAGUCAGAAACCAUCAUCCGGUCCUCCUAUACCUCCGCGUCCACCACUUACAGUUUUAGCUAGUUUAAAUGCCACUGGGGCAAGUGGAAAAGAAACAGAAGCUAAUGAACAACUUUCACCACCAUCCAGUCAAUUAUUAUCUUGCAAUCCUGACAAUUUAACUGAUGCAUCGAAUUCAUUGAUUGUUUCAAGUCAACCAUCUUCCGAGGCAUUAUUAUUACUUGGUGAAUUAAAUCAAAUAGCUAAUGUCCUUUUUCCUCAAAUACAAUUAUUACGUACUGAAAAUGUUGAAUUACGUUCUACUAUUGGUAAAUUAGAAGCUGAACAAUCAAAUUGGAAAGAUUUUCGUAAUCGUGAUAAUCAAAUGAUUAUGCGUACUUCAUUGAAUUCAGGAAGUGGUAGUACAACUCAUUCAGACAAUAUUAGUACUUAUGGUUAUUUAAUAGAUAAUACUACAGUGAAACAAGAAACAGAGAAAUUACGUCAAGAUUAUGAAAAUUUUACUAAAAAAUCUCAAGAUUGGGAGAAAGAAUAUCAAAAACAACGUUCAUCUAUUGAAAGAGAACAUAAUAAAAUUGCAAAAGAACGUCAAUUAUUAGAAAAUGAACGUUCCGAAUUGGAACAUCGUCAACGUCAAUAUGAAGAGUUACGGAGUACAUUACAAGCACAAUUAAAUAUGUACAAAAAAAUGGGUUUAAAAUUAACACCUAUGAAUAAUAAUGCACAAUUGCAAGAACUUCAAAGCAAUUUUAAUUCAGAUAAUUUCAAUGCACCGUUGAAUCGAAGCAAUUCAUCCUCUAUAAUGACAAAUUUAAUUGAUGAUUAUUUAAAUGAAUUAUCCGGUAAUCAUACUGAAACUAAUCAAACCACCACGGUGAAUAUCAAUGAUUUAAGAAAACCAAUACAUAUUUAUUCCAAUAGUGAUGAUUUAACAACAUAUCGAACUGUGACCAAAAAUCAUUCAACUAAUUUCAACCGAACCUAUACACAUUCUUCAGAUAUUGAAAUUACUCCGAGACCAUCACCUGUACCGUCUAUUUCAAUACGACAUGAUCAUGUACCGGAACAUUUACGUGGCAGUUUAGUUAAUCAACCUAUCAAUCCAAAAUCAUCAGAUAUUCUGUCCGAUAAUAUUCGUAAUCAAUUGAAUGAAACAUCAACGCUGAGUGUUAACAAUUUGACUACUGUUGGUGGUGGCGGCGGCGGCGGCGGUAGAAAAUCUACUCCCGGUUCUACUUCGUCUUCUUCUUCGUUAUUUUCCGAUUCUAAUCCCUUGAUGAAAUUAGUUGAUCAUACCACAAUACGAACAACUGGCUCACUUAAUAAAUCCAAAAAAUCCUAUCGUUCUAAAUCACAUCAUAAGGAUACUUAAAUGAUAAUGUGACUGACUAAUUCUUCAAAUUUAGUUAUGAUUUAUUUUUAAAUGCUUCAAUUCUUCAUUAUCAAUUCAUUUUAGAUGAUAUUAUUUCUUUUACAAUUAUUUUGUUUUUGCCUUAAUAUUGAUUUUAUAUGACAAAUGAUGAUGAUAUCGUUAAUCUCUGUGUGUAUAAUUCCUAUGGUUGGUUAGUUGGUUGGUUGGUUUGAUUCAUGGAAAUAUUUCUAUUUCUAUGAUAUUUUUUGUUCUGUAACAUUUCAUCAUUUCUUUCAUUUAUCAAAACAUAAAAUCAAGUAAUCCUAAUUCAGAUGAUUGAUAUUACUACUCAUUGACUGACUGGUGGUUAUUCAAAUUGAUCAUGAAACAACCUUGUCUACUGAUCAAAAUAUAUAUAUAUAUAUUUUACACCAUCUGAUGAUGAUAUAUAUUCCAUUGUGUAUAUUUAUAUUUAUUCAUUUAUAUAUAUAUUUUUUUUAUUAAUAAUAAUAAAAUGAUUAUUAU